ACUCCUCUUUCGAUUUCAGCCAAGAGAUGUCGGCAUACGACAAUGUUAUUGGUGGGAAGCUAAAGCUAAAAGGGAAGGCUUUGGAUGUGAAAGCAGGUGGCGUAAAGAAGAAGAAGAAACAUAAGAGACAGGAAGAACAAGCCCUUAAAAUUACUGAACAUGAACUCAUAGAAGGAGAAAGCACAGAAGCAUUGGGUAAAUUGAUUGAAGGAGAAGAAGAAGGUGAAGAAAUGGGCAGGAGUGAUAAGGCGAGCGAGGAUGCGAAGUUGCAGCAGCAGCACGAUGAUGAUGAUCUCUUAACGCCAGCAGAAAGGCGAUACAUAGAGCAGAAACAGAGAUUGGAUGUGCAGAAGCUAGCUAAGGAAGCGAACAAAUCUCACCGUAACAGGAUUGAGGAUUUCAAUCAGUAUCUGGCUAACAUGAGUGAGCACUACGAUAUCCCUAAAGUCGGACCUGGUUAAUAUUAUACUUUCUUGGCUUUGUUUUACUCUGCUUAUCUAUUUGGCAUUGUUAAACAACUACUUUGGAUGUCUAUUAUGUUUAGUCCCUAUAACUUUUCAAUUAUGUGAUCGCCAAUCUGUAAUGUCAAAAACACAUUUUCUUAUAUUUCUUCUGCAUUUCUCAAUCUCCUUAAUAAAAAAUUUGUGAGGAU